GACCGGAGUGCCUGGGGUGAAUGGAGGUGGAGGCGGCGGCGGGCGCUAGCGGGCAGGGCCGGGGGUGGCACCGGCGCGGGAAGAGAGAGCGAGGGAGCGAGCGAGCGGGGCGCAGGGGUGAGGAUUUCCUAGGGGCUGAGCGGUGCGGGCGGCUCCGUGAGAAAGGCGGACUUCCAGCUGAACCCUCAUCUCUCAACACUGGCAAAUAUUCAUAAGAUCUACCACACCCUUAAUAAGCUAAAUCUAACAGAAGACGUUGGCCAAGACGAUCACCCAACAGGAAGCCUGCGCUCGUGCACCUCUUCAGACUGCUUUAGUAAAGCGAUGCCACCGAGGAAAAAGAGAAGACCUGCAUCCGGAGAUGACUUAUCCGCCAAGAAAAGUAGACACGAUGGCAUGUAUAGGAAAUAUGAUUCAACCAGAAUAAAGACGGAAGAAGAAGCCUUUUCAAGUAAGAGAUGCUUAGAGUGGUUCUACGAAUAUGCAGGUACUGAUGAUAUCGUAGGCCCUGAAGGCAUGGAGAAAUUCUGUGAAGACAUUGGUGUUGAACCAGAAAAUGUAGUUAUGCUUGUCCUCGCUUGGAAAUUGGAUGCACAAAACAUGGGUUAUUUCACUCUGCAGGAAUGGUUGAAAGGAAUGACUUCUCUACAAUGUGAUACAACAGAAAAACUCAGAAAUACUUUGGAAUACUUAAGAUCAUUAUUAAAUGAUUCUACAAACUUUAAACUUAUUUACAGAUAUGCAUUUGACUUUGCACGGGAAAAGGACCAGCGCAGCCUAGACAUAAACACUGCCAAGUGCAUGUUGGGACUGUUAUUAGGAAAAAUCUGGCCCCUUUUUCCAGUUUUUCACCAAUUCUUAGAGCAAUCAAAAUAUAAAGUUAUUAACAAAGACCAGUGGUGCAAUGUGCUAGAAUUUAGCAGGACAAUUAACCUUGACCUCAGCAACUACGACGAAGAUGGAGCAUGGCCAGUGUUGUUGGACGAGUUUGUGGAGUGGUAUAAAGACAAACAGAUGUCCUAGGACUUUAUGCAUAGCAGCGAGAGAGUCACUGUUACCACAGAUCUGUCAACCAUUAGCCAUAAAUUGCUGUUUGUAUCCAAGCGCAUGCUGCUUUUCUUGCACUGUCUCCCUUUUGCAGGGACGUUUUGGUGUUUGCUAUUGAACGGGCCGGCUCUGCUUGCUGUGUAGCCUCGUCCUCUUGGAAGGCUGCUUUGCAGUUUGUACCUAACACUACAGAUUGGUGACUUUGCCAGCGCCCUCACUGUGAUGAUGUGUAUAUUGCUGUUUAAAUUUUGUAUAUGUGUAUAAAAAGACAAAGCUUCACCUAGAGAUUAUUUCUGCAAAACUGUAUUGUAAAAAUAAUUUUUGUGGCAUAUUUCUAGUCCCUUUUUUCAAACGAACCAGUUAUACUCUAUUUGGUCUCCAGUGUAGCAUUUCAGAACACAAGAGAGAACAACCUUUACCAUAAGUGAAUGUUGCCAGAAUUAACCUCAUCGUUUAAGAGGCCAACUUGUGGAAAGAGGUGCGAGUCAGACCUUCGCAGAGGCACAUGCCAAAUAUAAUUUGGUUUACUUCAGUGUGAGUGUUUCUAAAUGAUGGAAGGUACAAUUAUUUGAACAUCUAGACACGUACCAUGCCACAGAUGCUUUCCACCACGCAGGGUGUAGGUUUUUAUUCUCUGAUGUUAGGCCGUAGUAGUUUGAAUAUAGGUACAAAUGAACAAAUUAAAAUUGCACCUUUUUUAAAUGAGUUUGAAACUCUUGUAAACUUCCUUUGCUGUUUUUGUUUUGGGUUUUUUUUUGUUUUGGGUUUUUUUUUGUUUUGGUUUUGGUUUUCCCUUUUGCCUUCUCUUUGUCAGUGUUGGGUCUCCCGAUGCUUCCCGUGCCAUUCUAGGUAACAUUGAUUUUGCCUGCUCCGUGGAAACCUGAUGGUUUGCUGGCAAUUUAUAACCGCAAAGCACCUUUAGUUGUGGUUUAGAUUUUUAGUUAAGCUUUCAUGGUGUCUAAUUUUCUAGUUUUCCUGGAAAAAGAACUAUACUAUAAGUGAGAGGUGUUUUGUUUCAUUUUCUUUUAUGCUAGGCUUUUCCUGGCAGAAUGUCCAUUGCAGGCAAUGGACACGAAACCACCAGCAUUGAGCUCAUUUUAUCACACGGUAGGACCUUUCCUGGAGGGGCCACUUGUCAUUCAUUACCCGAGUAAUUUGUACAGAAAGGUGAUAGCCAUUAUUUAUGUGGAUGAGGAAACGAGAGUAAACAGGACGGUAUUUUUAGGUUUGUAUUUUAUGUCUGGUUUUUUUUUUUUUUUUUUUUUUGCUCUUUUUUUUUUUUUUCCUUGCCUUACCCUUCUUGAGAAAAUGUAUAGAUAACCUGUUUCCCCCUCAACUAUCUGGUGCUAUUGAAUGACUAACUUAGUCCCUAAAGUUUUGUGAAAACAUAAAAGUCUAAUGAUUUAAACCGAUAAAAAGUUAAUGGUGCAUUUGGACAGGUGCAUGCUGUAGGUAUGAGCAAGAUCCAUGAUGGAAUAAUGAUUGGAAGAGGUUCGGGUUAUCACAAAAUCUGGCCAAAAAAAAAUCUCUUGGACUAAAUGUGAACCUUUAAAUGGCAUUAAGUGAGCAAAAGCACACAGACAAUGCUACUCCUGACCACUAUGUCACAGUUUCUUUGCAAACAGUGUUCAGAUUUUCAUAUUAUUUUCUCCCUAACUGAACCACCAAAGACAGAAAUUUUGUAUGUAUAUACGGUGUGUGUGCAUAUACAAAAUCAUGAUGCGGUAGAAUGAAAUCACUCCCUUUUUCUACCAAAAAGGAAGGUUUGGUUUGCUGUGAAAUAAACCAGAAGUGUGAAAAACUCUGUAAUGAUUAAGCAGACUUCAUCAUUCCUUGCUUAGGAAUGGUAGACUCGUCUCUCUACCUUACAACCUCAUACCAGUUUGCACAAGUUAAUAACCGAAGAGAAGAGAAGGUGUUGACGCAAGCACAGCCCUCGGGACCGAUCUGUUCCAUCCCAGCAGGUGCCUGGUGUUCCGAGGCGAUGGGCCAGAGGCAGGUGUGAAUUUGUGAAGAACUCGAUUCAUUUUCAGAAGUAUCCCGCAAAGUUAAAAAAAAAUAAUAAUAAAUCACACCUUAAAGGCAACAGUUCUUAGGUUCGAUCUGCUGUAGUUUUGUUUAAACAAGUAGAAAUCAUAGAUGAAAUUAUUUUCAGAGUUACGGUUAGUACUGGAGAAUGUUCGGGAACACUAAGCACAGCUAAUCCUAACAUAAGAGGAUGGUUACGGGGAGAUGUUCCAUUUCAGCCGCUGUGAACAUUUUGAUGAUCGGGGGGAAAAAACCCAAGGGAAAACUAUUCGUGAUCUGGAAUAUGGAAAGUAAGUAUUCCCAAGCAGUGACGAUCUCGUACAUUUAGAAGACUCCAAAUAGUUUUCGAGCUCCCUUG